AGAGUAAGAGAGGGAGAGAGAGAGAGAGAGAGAGAGAGAGGGUGGGGGGGGGGGCUUAGCCUCACUUGAGUGACAUAACUAAAAAAAAUGAUGUUCCUUGACUCUUGACCGCAUUUAUGAUGUUGAUAUACAUUCCAGCACGCCCUCCUCCCUGAAGUACCCCUGGGUGUGUCACUCGGUCACCGGAGAUCGCCGAGUCGAGACCUUCGUUACUUUUCGUCUCACCUUUCCUCUCAAGAAUUUGGUGCCGAAACUGACAUCGUUAUUUCAAAAGACACAAGUUGAUUCUGUCUAAAGUUCGUUAAGAGAGCAGGCCAUCUUUGAUUUGCUUAAUCAACUGGCCCAAUUAAAAAGCAAUUAAGCACCCACUCGAGCUUCUCCAAUAGAUAACACGAUGCCACUCGAGCAAUCGAAGAGAAAUAAUAUUGAAGCCAUCGACACGGACCUAUACUCGAGUGUUAUCGAUUAGAGGAAGAUAUUAUCGGCCGAAAUCUUGAGGACUUUUGAAAACGAUUUCUUUUCGAAGAAAUUAAUAUUUGUUGAUCUGAUUUAAACCACCUUUGGAAAAUCGUAGAUAAUUUCUUCCAUUUUGCAGUCAGACGAAGUUCUAAUGGCUCACGACAUGGUGGUGGUUCGGAGAUAUUGUGAAUCUUCUUCCUUGAUUUCGAGUGUGGCCGUUGGGACCACCUAGCCACCCCGCCACCAUGACUACGACGACGGCACCACAGACAUCAAUUGACGUCAUGGUUAAACCGCCGAUGAUAACUCGGAAAUCCAGACAAUACCAGACAGCCGUAGAAAGAUGGAGCUCCCUUCGCCAGAACAGCACUCGCUCCUUUGAUCGCCUCAAUCUCAGAAAUAAGUACGAGGAGGAUCGGCUUGUACAGAAGCACAGGGAUAUCAGUGAGCUGAGCGACGCGCAACUCAAAGAACUGUUCCGUAUCAAGAACGAGAUGCGCGUAGCUCUCGUCGACAUUGCGCGUAGCAAACGUCAGUACAGUAGCAAAGAAUCCGAAUUCGAGAGCCGCCUACGUUGUGGGAACCAAUCCCCGAUCUUCAAGAUGGAGUACAGAAGGCUAAGAAAGAAACAGGUGGAGUUGGGGAAACUCUGCGAACAGCUGCAGGGCCCGAAUUCGAAACUCCUCGCGUCGAAUCUCACCACUGAGCUGAAGGCCGUGGACGCGAAAGCAACAAAGGAAGCCUUGCGUGGAGAGGCCAAGUAUAAAAGCAAAUGGCUAGCCCCACUUAAGGCUAUGGCCAAGGCACAGCAAGACUCCGCUGAUGGUGGCACUGUAGCAGGGACAACCCAAGAAAAACCAGCUGGAAAUGACUUUGCGAAUCUGGUCAAAAUGGUACAUAAACAAUUCAAGAAGGCUUCCAUCUCGGCGAUCAAAGAGUCUGCCCAAGCGUCAGAUAUAAAAAGCGAAAACACACAAGAAUUGAACACAUCAAUUAAAUCCAUACUACCUGAUUCCAAUCCAGGACAACCAAAGACGGCCACGGAAUCACCAAAACUUCUUAAAAUUUCUGUGCCGCAAAACGAAAGCAAAGAUGAAAAGUCACGUCCCGACAGCCGUCCUCCACCAAAAGGCUUGAUCCCCAUAUCAUCCGCUAUCUCCCUUCUGGCAAGCUCCCCCACACAGAGCACCGAAGAACCAAUCGCGGCAAAACGGAAAAGGCGAUUACGAAAGGACACCGACAGGACAUUACCCACUGUACCGGAAGUGAGCGAACGCGCGACACCGAAAACGGCGGUACCGAAAACACCCGAACCUCCAGUGAAACCAAAACCUAGAAAGAACAAAAAGCAGAAAGCGCGCUCAGUUGUUAUGAAAGGAAUGCACAAAGGAACGGAUGCACACGUCUCAAGAACAGAGUCAGCUAAUCGUAGGGACCGAAUGAUGAAGAAGCGAUUGUCCGACCUAGCAACGAGGACUAAAGAAGACAUUGCCAACAGAAGAAGUAUCAGUCCUCACGAGGAGGCUCUGAACAGUAUCCAUCAGGUGGAAGUUGUGGCGCGUCUUCAGCUUGCUAGAUCCAAGGUCGGGAUCACACUUCCUGAGAUGCGAACGGAGAAGGGUAGACACAAAACCCGUACAUCAAGAGAUCAAACAUCCAUCAGUCUUCCACCUGUCAACGUAGAGGGCAGGCUAUUGAGGGAACUGAAAGAACAGAGAAGAAAGCACAAAAGUCAAUCAACGGGGCUCCCAAAAUUACCUUGACAGAUUACUUACUUUAUGGGAUCAUUAUAUAAUGACAGGCUGCUCCAAAUCACGCUUCCAUGAUUAUGAUGAGAUUUCUUUCCGGUUACACUUGCUACAAUUGGAAUCACUGGCGUAAAUCCAAGCGCUGAACCUCUAUUCAUCUGGGGGGGGGGGGGUGAUCUAUUGUUUCAUCCCCCACUUGAAUAGUAUGACGUCACGGAUUUACGACAUUGUUUGGGAUAUAAUCAUGACAUUUAAGCUUAAGCCCUUACCUCCAAUCUAAUCCUAAUCCAAGUAAUUUUUCUUAAUUUUUAACCAAAUCCUCUUAAUUAAGAAUAUAACAGUGAUGGCUAGUUCAAAUGUCGGGUCACUAGUUCAUUUGGACCCCCUAUUACCCCCGAGGGUAUUUUAUAAAUCUUUUACGAUUUUAUGGACCAUCUAUUACAUGAAAUUAUCCAUGUAUGUUUUUAUAUCCAAUGUUAUGCCAUGUUGAAUGUUUAGAACUUUACAGAUUUGCAAAAUAUACUUUGCGAUAUUUGAACUCCCUUUCUUAUUGGUGAUGUUCGUUAUUCAGAAAGUACGAAAACUGACACGGUUCGUUUAUCGGAAACACCCUGAUUGAAAUUAUAACAAGAUGUCCCAACAUACGGUGAAAUCGAAGACAGAAAAAAGGGUUCGAUAAUCCGAAAACGAAAGACAAUUCAUUUGUAUGAAAAUAGCCAAUGAACUAAUUGUACGAACAGACUAUCGCACCUCCAAAAGAACGGACUUUUUUUCGUUUUCGGUUAACCUACUUCCGAGGUGCCGUGGCCGAGUGGUCUAAGGCGUCCGACUAAACCAUGGAAGUCUGGGGUUCGAUUUCCGGCAUGGCCAUUCAGCAAGGCAUUUUAACUACAUUACCGUCUUUUAUCUUGCAUCAAAUAAAUGAUAACAAAAAUGCUUGUUGAUACCAACAUGUUCACGUGUUUAAAAACAAAACAACCUUUAGAAUAUUGGAUCUUAUGAAUUAAUCUUUGGAAUUAAAGAGUUAUUUCUUUAAUUUUUUUUUGCCAUAUAUUUAUAUUGCAGACCCCUUUUAUGACAAUCUUUAUUACCCUUCACAUACGAAACAUGAAAUUUAUACUCAUAAAAACAUAUUAUUUAUGUUAUGCAUAUUAAUGAAAACCUAUAUGCCCUAUUUAUGAAAAUGAGUUUCAAUCUGCAUUAUUAUUAAUAUUGCGUAAUCUCAUUUUGUUACAAUUUGCAAAAUGAUGAAUAUCGUGCAAAAAUAAUAAAUGAAUAUAUCGAUAUGAACAUA